CUAGAAGGCACGCUACAAGAUGAAGCCCAACUCUACCGCGCAAUCCAGGGCCAAACUGUCAUCGUCUCCGUACUGGGCCCGUCCGGAAUGACGAUAAAAGAUACCCCGUUUCCAGACUUCUACCGGCGCGUCUUCCGGCUGAUGCGCGAAUUGCAUGUCUCCCGCAUCCUCGCGCUGAGCACUUUCAGCGUCCCCCACGCGCAGGGUCGGUUCAGCCUCCCGUGCAGCGUGCUGGUGGGAAUGCUCCGGGUCCUGGGGCGCAGCGCAUGGCGGAAUCUCAUCGAGAUGUUGCGGGCGUUUGACGAGGACGCCCAAGAUUUGGAGUGGACAUUGUUUCGGGUCGGGUUCCUG